GAAUAUCAAUUGCUAUUGAUCCCAUCAACACUUGUUUCAGGAGCUCGUACUUUACUCAUGACUUUACCCAUCUUCAUUUGGUAUCAUACAAUUAAAACAUUACCAACUGGAAUUAGAGCGAUUGGUUUUGCUUGCUGUUUCGGCUGGGGAAUCGUUGGCCAAAUGUCAGCUCCUAAUUUGCUUGUACUUGCCAACCUCAUCGCUCCUUUCAUCCCUAUCGGACUAUGUGGAUCGCUAUCUAUGAUUGCUGGAGGAUUAUCACUUCUGUUUCCAGAUUUUUGGCGUAAACCUUUACCAAAUACAUUAUCAGAUGUUGAAAAUCGUAGUUCACCCCAAACAACAAUCAGUCGAUCCUCGAUAAGUGGCUUUAGACAGAUAAAGAGUAUCAAUUCAAAUUAUAUGAAGAAUUCGUGUGACAUUGGUAUUUGUGGACCGAUAGAUCCUAAAACUGAAGCCAAGUUGAUUAUGCAGCAGAAUUUAAACCAGGAAAAUCAAUUGCAGCAACACCAAUUUCCACCACCAGAUUGUUAUUAUGAAGAUGAACUUGGACUUCCUAUCGAGAAUCAAUUAACUUGUGAUAAUUACAAUUUAAACAUGAGACCAUCAAAUGUAAUCAAUAGUCAACUAAUUAAUCCAGAUAGUGAAAGAAUGAAUCCAAGAAGUUCAAUGGUGAUUAGUGAGGCUCAAAGCUCCCAAAUAACCGAGAUUGAUGAUAUGUUUGUAGAUAAUGGUAAUUGGCACUUAUUUUCACCCUCGUAUAACCACCAAAAUCAACAGCCAAUUAAUAUUAUAAAUCAUUAUCCUGUACAACAACAGAGUCAACAACAACAUCAACAGCAACAAUUAUCAUCUAAUCACUUACUUCACAACAGAAAUACCAUUGAAACAAAUAGAUCAUUCCGAGAUCUUCAAAUUUUCCCCAAUAGUGGAACGCUUAAUUGUAACAAUGUUAUUGGAUCAGCCAUCGAUGACGAUGAGACUUCAGCCGUAGUUAUUAUUGAGAAUAGUGUUUCCAAAGUUUCAGAAACGAAGCUUUAAAUUGUAAUUCACUUUCAACUGAAUCUAUCUCUUUAAAUCUUUAACUACAACAUCGAGGAGUAAAUUUUAAUCAACCAAUCUGUGAUAAUUUUAAAUACAAUAGCUGAAUGACUAUUUGCCUUCAGUUUUAUGUUUUCUUGUUAAGAUUUUUUCCAAUUUUGAUCGU